AUUACAAUACAUGGAUUUUUACCCUUAACGUUUUCAAGUUGAGGAAAUGAGGCAAAAUUUAACGUCGGAACGUCACGUGUAGCAUGUGCACCGUUGACCUCCGUCAAGUAUGCGCAUGUCAGCGCCAACUCAGAAUUUUUGACAACCUGGCAUGCCAACUUGGAACCCCACGAGCGGAAAGUCUAUUUGCUGCCAAUUUUUUUGUGGGCCCCACCGCUAACUAAAGAUUUGUAAAAAAAAAGGUUAAAUCCUAGAUUCAGUCCUUUAACUUUCAAUUUUCCUAGAACUUCAAAAUAUUGUGACUUGGCACCAAAAAUAUAAUUUAAUAAAUAAAAAUUUCUUUUUUUUCUCCUUUUCUUUCCUUUUCUCCUUCCCCUCCCUACUGGGUUCAAAGGAACCCAGCACCAGCGCGCGGAUCCUCCAAUUUUACCAUUUUUCAAAAAUCAACUUUCCACGGGAAACAUGUUUGCACUCAAGCCACUCUCUCCAUUUAAGUCAACCUUUUUCGGCAAUCCACUCCGGCGAGCUCCGGCCGUAAAUGGGGUUUCCCGGUUGUCCCGGAUGUCCCGCUCGGGGUGGUACUCGGCGUCCUGCCUUACCGUUCGGGCCGUGAUCAGUAGUGAAGACAAGGCGGUGGAGGGAGCUGGCAAGUUAGUGGAGGGUAAGGACGUGAAUGGGUCCAUGGCAUCCGGUUCUCAGGCGAAAGACGGGAUUGAAGUGCGGGCGGUGGUGACAAUAAGGAAGAAGAUGAAGGAGAAGAUCACGGAAAAGAUUGAGCAUCAAUGGGAACUUCUAAUGAGUGGGUUUGGUCAGAAAAUACUGAUUCAGCUCAUCAGUGAAGAGAUUGAUCCCGUUACCAACUCAGGGAAGAGUGUGGAGUCAUUUGUGAGGGGAUGGGUGCCAAAGCCUUCGGAGCAUUCACACAUUAUUGAAUAUACAGCUGAUUUCACUGUACCAUCUGACUUUGGUAACCCUGGAGCUGUUCUCAUUACCAACUUUCAAGGCAAAGAAUUCUACUUGGUGGAAAUUGUCAUUCAUGGGUUCGAUGGAGGACCUCUGUUCUUCCCUGCGAAUACAUGGAUUCAUUCUCGGAAUGAUAAUCCUGAAAGCAGAAUUAUCUUCAGAAAUCAAACAUAUUUACCAUCACAAACACCAGCUGGUAUCAAAGAUCUAAGACGGGAAGACAUACUAAGCAUUCGUGGUAAUGGAAAGGGUGAAAGGAAGCAUCAUGACAGGAUUUAUGACUAUGAUGUUUAUAAUGACUUGGGUAAUCCUGAUAAAGAUCAAGACCUUGCUAGGCCAGUCCUUGGUGGUGAUGAAAGGCCUUAUCCCAGGCGUUGUAGAACAGGUCGUCGUCCAACCAAGACUGAUCCACUUUCUGAAAGUAGAAUUGAAAAGCCCCAUCCAGUGUAUGUACCUCGGGAUGAGACGUUUGAGGAGAUAAAGCAGAACACUUUCUCAGCUGGGAGGAUGAAAGCGCUUCUGCAUAAUCUUAUACCGUUAAUUGCCGCUACAUUGUCAAGUUCAGAUAUUCCAUUUAUGUGUUUUUCUGACAUUGACAAACUAUAUAAUGAGGGGGUUGUCUUGAAGGAUGAUGAGAAUAAUGAAAUUGGAAAUCUGUUGGAAAAUAUGAUGAAACAAGUAACCGGUGUUGGCCCGCGAUUGCUGAAGUAUGACAUACCUGCUGUUGUAAAAAGGGACAGAUUUGCAUGGCUGCGAGACAAUGAGUUUGGUCGCCAAGUUUUAGCUGGGGUCAACCCUGUUAAUAUUGAGAUUUUGAAGGAAUUUCCAAUUGUUAGCAAACUAGAUCCUGGAAUUUAUGGUCCUCCUGAAUCAGCAAUCACAAAGGAACUGAUACAGCAAGAACUUCCUGAAAUGAGUGUGGAAAGGGCUAUUGAGGAAAUGAGAUUGUUUAUGCUCGAUUACCACGACAUGCUUUUGCCAUUUAUGAAGGGUAUGAACUCUUUGCCAGGGAGAAAAGCUUAUGCCUCUAGGACUGUUUUCUUUUAUACUAAGACUGGUAUUCUAAAGCCGAUAGCCAUUGAGCUUUCACUCCCUCCAACACGUUCUUCAUCCCGAAACAAGCAUGUUUAUACUCAGGGACAUGAUGCAACUACGCAUUGGAUAUGGAAGCUUGCCAAAGCUCAUGUUUGCUCCAACGAUGCCGGCAUUCACCAGCUAGUUAAUCACUGGUUGAGGACUCAUGCCUGCAUGGAACCUUAUAUAAUUGCAACACAUAGACAGCUUAGUUCAAUGCAUCCCAUUUACAAGCUACUUCAUCCUCAUAUGCGCUACACACUGGAAAUCAAUGCACUUGCAAGGCAGGGUUUAAUAAACGGAGGUGGAAUAAUUGAGUUUUGCUUCAGCCCUGGAAAGUAUGCCAUGGAAAUAAGCUCAGCAGCAUAUGACAGUAUGUGGCAGUUUGAUCUGGACGCAUUACCUGCAGAUCUAAUUAGGAGGGGAAUGGCCGUAGCGGAUCCUUCAAUGCCCUGCGGAGUGAAGCUUGUGAUUGAGGACUACCCUUAUGCUGCAGAUGGACUCCUGAUUUGGUCUGCGAUUAAAGAAUGGGUUGAAUCCUAUGUUGAACACUUCUAUUCAGAGCCUAACUCUGUCACAUCAGAUGUCGAGCUGCAAGCUUGGUGGAAUGAGAUCAAGGACAAAGGUCAUCCUGAGAAAAAGAAUGAACCUUGGUGGCCUAAACUGAAUACCAAAGAGGACUUGUCUGGCAUACUCACAAUAAUGAUCUGGGUUGCAUCAGGUCAGCAUGCUGCUCUAAACUUUGGGCAGUACCCUUUUGGAGGCUAUGUGCCUAACCGUCCAACCCUCAUGAGAAAGCUUAUCCCAGAUGAAAAUGACCUUGAUUACGAAAAGCUUAUUCUGAACCCUCAACAUGCUUUCCUAUCCUCAUUGCCAACACAACUUCAAGCGACCAAAGUGAUGGCUGUCCAAGAGACACUAUCAACUCACUCCCCUGACGAAGAGUACUUGGGUAAAGUGAGUCAUCUACACAGGAACUGGAUCAAUGAUCAAGAAGUCUUGAAAUUGUUUGACAGAUUCUCUGAAAGACUAGAGGAAAUAGAGGAGACAAUACGAAAAAGAAACAAGAAUGCACGUCUUAAAAACAGAUCUGGUGCUGGGAUUCCUCCGUAUGAACUGCUACUACCCUCAUCAGAUGCUGGAGUAACAGGUCGGGGAAUUCCUAAUAGCAUUUCCAUCUAAUAGAGAUAUAUAGAAGCUAUAGAUGUAGGCUUUUGAGUUAUCUGGCCCUAGUUGUAAUCUUCUCAAUAAACUCAGUUAUGUGUAGUAGUAGUAGUAUAUCGUAUUUCAUAACCCAUGUAAGUAAGAUGAAUAAGAUGAACAAUUAGAUUAGUUAGUAUGAGAUAAUGAAUGUAAAGAAUCAAGUUCAAGCUUGACUUAUAAGGUAUUUGCCAAGCUCGAACUUGACUCGUGAGUAGCUUGUUUAAGUAAAUUUUCAUGUCCUUAGUUAUAUAACUUGUGUAUGAAUACAAAAUCAAUAACAUA